AUGCACGCAAAUAUUAAUAUAGCAAAAGGCUCAAAGGCUGUCAGAAAAGACCCAGCGUGCGGGACUUGUCGAAAGAAGUGUCGCAAGUGUGAUAGGACGCGGCCAGUUUGCAAUCGAUGCAAGGUGAAAGGGCUGCAUUGUGAAGGUUACCCCCCGAGGUUCCAAUUCUGCGAAUCGGCACCCCUUUCGACAGCCGCCAGUAAGGGCCAAGAUGAAGAACGAAGCGAGGCUAUUCUUCCAACACGGGAGCCCGAUCGAAGCGAGGAGCACAGUUCACCAUCAGACCAAACCUCCAUAUCCGCAGGGCAGCAGAGUGGACAUGGGUUGGACCAUCGCCUUCAACUAAACACAUCAUCUGCUGCGCCCGAGUCUCCUCAAAAUCUCUCCGUCGGCUACCCAUCACCAGUACCUAUUGAUGGGUACCACGUUGACGAUACACUUCUGACGCCGCAAAGCCGAAAGCUGCUAGUAUACUUUGAUAAAGAAUUAAGCCAGCAUCUGGCCAUCGUAGUCGACCAGAAAGAAAACCCAUUCCAUGUCCAUGUCUUACCACUAGCAUAUAAACACAGCGGGAUUCUUCAUGCUGUGCUAGGGCUGGCUGCCUGUCACCUAAACUUAUCUCCAUACCGAGCUGAUCACGUCGACAUGACAACUGCCCUGCAGCACCGAGUAGCGGCCCUUAACGUGCUUAGUUCCCUUUUGAUUAAAGAGGAAGUCUAUGGUUUAGUACCUGCUGAAGAAGAAUCCGUCUUAGGAAUUAUUCUUCUAUUAGUGCUUCACGAUAUCUGCGAGAUGGGCAUAUCUUCACACGCAGUUCAUCUAACAGGGGUAUCUUUUCUCUGCGGGAGAGUCGCAGCGGCCUCAGACUCAUCACGGAGAACAAGCGCAAGCAUGUUUUUCUUAUCUGCGUUGGCUUGGUUGGACGUAUUGCGAGGGUUCAGUGGCGCCGAAAAGCUAACCUAUUCAGAGGAUGUUCGUUUGUGUAUUGUCGCUGACAAAAACGCGCAAUUAAGCCUGCAUACCUUUGUAGAAUGCCCUCCAGUCAUAUUUCGUCGUAUAAGCGAGGUAAUAGUGGCAGCAAAACACCAACGGGCAGGUUUGUUGUCUCUGCCAGAUUUUGAACAAGUGUUGGGCGACGCGGAAGUGUUCUUUCGAGAGAUCGACCUGGACAAGCUUGAUUAUCCAACCGCACAUGCCGAAUGGAAGGACCUUGCCGAUGCCUAUCGCCAUGCAUGUCUUCUGCGUGUGUUGCGUUGGCCUGAUACUUUCUCGAUUCCAUGUGAGGAUGAGCGAGUUAAAGCUUCGGUAUCUGCCAUUUUGAACGCUUGCUCACGAGUUCCGAUGAACUCUCCAUUUUAUAAGCGGCUAUUAUUCCCUCUAUUCGUGGCUGCAGUCGAUACAUCUAUAGACCACCAGAUUCAUUAUGCCACCUUAUGUAUUCAGGAAAUCAAGCGUUCGACGGGGUUUCGGCAUGCUGCAAUGGCGGAGAUUCUCGACAAGGUAUGGGAGGCUAGAAGAAACAACACUCGCGGCUGGCCGAAUGUACCUUGGAUGGAAUUUACUUGUUCUGAAGCUCUAAAACAGCAACAUGCGUACCUUUUUUUCUAA